CAGCAUAAGCAUAUUCCCAGUUUCCUAAGUUUUUUUGCGCUCGCAUCUUAGGGAGAAACAAAACAAGUCAAAACUCUCAGCAACAAUCGAGCUUUGGAGUGAAACCUUUUUGUUUUGUCCAAACACUCCGUAGUAGUUUGACGGAGAAUACUAUUACUGCGCCUAAAAUCGAAUGGCUGAUCCACAACCGUUGCUGCUCAACGAUUCGGAGCCAACUCAAUUCCAGAACGCCAGACCCACCCGAAUCGCUUCCCUCGACGUCUUUCGCGGCCUCUCUGUUUUUCUUAUGAUAGUGGUGGAUUACGGGGGUUCCAUCUUCCCCAUCAUUGCUCAUGCCCCCUGGAAUGGAAUUCACUUGGCUGAUCUCGUCAUGCCAUUUUUUCUCUUCAUUGCUGGAAUUUCUCUUGCACUCGUUUAUAAGAGAAGGCCGCAGAGAACACAAGCUACAUGCAAAGCUUUCGCCAGAGCAGUCAAACUAUUUGUUCUCGGUGUUGUUCUUCAAGGAGGCUAUUUUCACGGUAUAACUUCCUUGACUUUUGGUGUUGACAUUGAAAGAAUUCGGUGGUUGGGAAUUUUACAGAGGAUAUCUAUUGGAUACAUUGUUGCAGCUUUAAUCGAGAUCUGGCUUCCACCUCCGCGAUGGAAAGAAAUAAAUUUCGUCAAAAAUUACUACUGGCAAUGGUUUGUUGUUGUAAUAUUGCUGGCGCUUUACUCAGGAUUACUGUAUGGUCUAUAUGUUCCAGAUUGGCAGUUUGAUGUAUCAGCCUCGUCCUCUUCGCUGCCUCCUAUUGGUGGUGGUGAUAUUUACACGGUCAAUUGUUCAGUGAGAGGCGAUCUUGGACCUGCGUGUAAUUCUGCUGGAAUGAUUGAUCGCUACAUACUUGGUCUAGGCCAUCUGUAUAGAAAACCAGUUUACAGAAACCUUAGGGAGUGCAAUAUGUCUAAGGGUCAAGUUUCAGAUAGUUCACCUUCAUGGUGUCAUGCUCCUUUUGACCCCGAAGGCAUUUUAAGCUCCAUAACAGCAGCAGUUUCAUGCAUAAUUGGACUUCAAUAUGGUCACGUUCUUGCCCACCUACAGGACCACAAAGAGCGCCUAUACAACUGGAUGUGUUUUUCCCUUUCACUUUUGGCUCUUGGAUUGUUCCUGGCCUUAACAGGAAUUCCAAUAAAUAAAGCUCUGUACACCGUCAGUUAUAUGCUACUAACUUCUGCAGCUUCUGGUCUCACAUUCAUUGCUUUAUAUUACCUGGUAGAUGUUCAUGGCCACAGGCGUUUGACAGCGGUGUUGGAGUGGAUGGGAAAACACUCUUUGAGUAUAUUUGUCAUCGUAUCUUCAAACUUGGCCGUGAUUGCUAUUCAAGGAUUUUAUUGGAGUAAACCCGAAAACAACAUUAUAAACUGGAUUGUGACACGUUUCGACCGCACCCACACAAUGUCCAAGGAACUCACCGAAGAGGGUCAACAAAGGAAGGACUACGUCGACCCUCCACCAGCCCCUCUCAUCGACCUCGCCGAGAUUAAGCUCUGGUCCUUCUACAGAGCCCUCAUCGCCGAGUUCAUCGCCACCCUCCUCUUCCUCUAUGUCACCGUCGCCACCGUCAUCGGUCACAAGAAACAGACCGGUCCUUGCGACGGCGUUGGUCUUCUCGGCAUAGCCUGGGCCUUCGGUGGCAUGAUCUUCGUUCUCGUCUACUGCACCGCUGGCAUUUCUGGUGGACACAUAAACCCAGCGGUGACCUUUGGCCUAUUCCUGGCGCGCAAGGUCUCGCUGAUCCGUGCGGUUCUCUACAUUGUAGCACAGUGCCUUGGUGCCAUCAGCGGCGUCGGCUUGGUGAAGGCCUUCAUGAAGCACCCCUACAACUCCCUCGGCGGCGGUGCCAACUCCGUCAGCCCUGGCUACUCCGAAGGCACUGCUCUCGGUGCGGAGAUUAUCGGUACCUUUGUGCUUGUCUACACCGUUUUCGCUGCCACCGACCCCAAGAGAAGCGCGCGUGACUCUCACAUCCCCGUGUUGGCUCCAUUGCCUAUUGGGUUCGCCGUUUUCAUGGUUCACCUGGCUACCAUACCCAUUACCGGUACCGGGAUUAACCCUGCCAGGAGCUUCGGAGCUGCUGUCAUCUACAACAAUGGCAAAGUUUGGGAUGACCAUUGGAUCUUUUGGGUUGGACCAUUCGUGGGAGCGUUGGCGGCGGCGGCAUACCACCAGUACAUACUGAGAGCAGCGGCUAUCAAGGCGUUGGGGUCCUUCCGGAGCAACCCUACGAACUAGUUGUUGACGGAGAAGAGAGAUAGUGUAGAGGAAGGAACUUUAAUUCGUGUUUGCAUUCAUGAUUUGUUAUUCGCUUGAUGUGUGUGUAUGUGAUGAUGACCCAUUCGUCUUUUCCUCUGUAAUUUACUAUUUAUUUAUUUUUAUUAUUGUUACCAUUUCUUUGGUUUGUUUGUAUGAGAUGAGAUCAUAUUAUGACCGUUAUUUAAUUUUAAAUUUGUAUUUCUUUACCCGUCAUGCAUGGCAUGGGAUGAGUAGUGAAGUCCCUCCUCGUCUUUUUCGACAUAAAUUUGUUGUUCCUUUUUUUA